AUGUUCCCUCUUGCCCUACUGAUUUUUCUUUCUCUGACCGCAUCGACGCUUGGAAACCCGAUCGAAGUGAGGAAACAUACUUCCACCACGAAGCCGCACACGACCACGACCAAAGGAUCUGCGUCAACCAAGACCUCAACGGCGAAGACGACCCAGCCGACGAGUGGCAGCGGUGGCUCGGGCUCGUCUGGGGCGCCCACUCUGCAGGCUCUAUUCCCGAUCGCGAAGACCGUUUCGCAAUGGUCCACGUUCCCUGGUGCCUCCAACAGUCUUGCCCUCUCUGACAAGACACUGGGGCCCAUAUCCGUCAUGCCUGGGGUCACCCACGACUAUGUCUCCGCCCCGGAUGGUACUCUCGCCAUGCAGGCCGUCUACCCGAAAGGGUCGUUCAAUCCCAGCGGGACACCCCGCGGCGGGUUCUCGUUCUAUGCCGCUGGUCCCAGCAACGUCAACCUCGCCACAGCGAAGGAAGUCACGCUGGGAUACUCCGUGUUCUUUCCGAAGGGAUUCCAGUUCAACAAGGGUGGGAAACUGCCUGGCCUGUACGGUGGCGACGACGCCAAGACGUCCCUGUCCUGCUCGGGCGGGCGGCGGGACCCGACGUGCUUCUCGGCGCGCCUGAUGUGGCGCACCAACGGCGCGGGGGAGCUCUACACCUAUCUCCCCGAUCCAUCCGAAGGCUCGCAGUUCGCUGCGAACCAGAAAUUGUGCAAGAUCCCGAACUCGGACUGCAACCCGACGUACGGCGACUCGAUCUCCCGCGGCGCGUUCACGUUCAAGACCGGCGCGUGGACGACCGUGGCGGAGCGCCUCAAGCUGAACACCCCGGGCCAAGCGGAUGGCGAACUCGAGCUGUUCGUCGACGGCAAGAGCGUGAUCAACGUGGCGGGCUUGGUCAUACGGGACAAGGCGGCCGGCCAGAUCCGCGGCAUUCAGGCCCAGACGUUCUUUGGUGGGGCCACCAAAGACUGGGCCUCGCCUUCAGACCAGAAAGCUUUCUUCGCUGAUUUCUCCAUGGCCGUUAUCUCGUAG